UACAUAACCUAGCUUUAUAGUUGUCAAAUUCAAAACUGUUUUUAUAAAUAAAUUAUGUCGCAUAGUGUUAAUACAACGUUUAUAUCCGAUAAAACGUCUAAAAUUAGGUGGAAGACUGAUCCUUUUAAUGAUUCCAAUGUUUUUAUUACCGGGAGUUGGGAUGACGAGAACAAUAACCUCAAAUUAUGGGAGUUCCAAGAGAAUAAGGACGAUACAGACACUUAUCCUUUUAUUCUGAAGUCUUGUGCAUUUCAGGGAGAUGUAACUGAAUUACAGUUUGUAGAUUUGGAUUCUUUCGUUGUCUCAUCAUCUUAUGGAUCAGUUUAUUUAAUGAGAAUUACAUCAAACGAAAAGGAAUUAAUUGACAUUGAAGCAUGCAUUAAUUGGAAUAAGAUUCACAACUUUUCAGAAAACGAAGUUGCUCCGUGUACUUCAUUGUCAUGUUAUAAAAAUGACAUAGUAACUUGUGGAGAAGAUGGAAGAAUAAAUUUGCUAACAAGUCAACAUCAAAAUAUUGUCUAUUCCAAUAAUAAUGCAGACAGUUGUUGUAUAAACUGUGUAACUUUUUUGAAAUUUAAUGAAGUUCUAACAGGCAACAACCGUGGACUAUUGAAGAUUUGGGAUUUUCGCCAAAAUCAGAGUUCACUAUGUAAUUCUUUUAUAUUAGGACAAGAUCAAAUAGCAGUGACUUGUGUAGCUGUUCAUCCAUCCCAGCAGCACAUACUUGUUACAGGUGAUGAAGAAGGGUCAAUUACUGUGUGGGAUCUACGCAAAAAUACCUUUCCUGUGAAUCUGUUGACUGUUCACACUGAAAGCAUUUCAGAGAUAAUGUUUCAUCCUGAUCAUCCAGAUCAUUUGUUCAGUUGUUCAACUGCAGGAGAAAUAUGGCACUGGCUAAGUUCUUCCCCUGCUACUAAUACCCAUACAAAACUAUUAAAUCUUCAAGAGACCGAUCAUAAUCCCUGGUAUAUCAGCGAUAACGUUAAAAACAAACUUGAAGUAUUUAAUUUAAUGCCUAAACUACAUUUUCCUAUAAACAGUUUAGAUUUGAGUCGAGACCGAGUUUUAUGUGGGUGUGAUAAUGAAGCCAUUUAUUUAAUCAGCAAUGUUAAUAUCAACUAAGUUCUUUGGUUUAAAUAAAGUUUUCUUUUUUAUAAAAAGAUGCUUAAAAUUUA